UAUUCCACCCAACCAAUUAGAUUUUCUGUCUGAUGGCUUAACUAGCCUCAGCAAAGGUGAACUGAUUUACAAACCUGGUAGUAAUACACUCUGAGGAGGAAUUAUUGUCAGCUAUCUCUCUGCAGGUGACUCAAAAGCCAUAGCAAUGUCUGAAGUGGGAAUGACGUUCAAUAAAACAGUGCAAGAUCCUGAGAAAAUCACUGCUGAUAUAAAACAUCAAUUAAUGAAGGAAAUUCGAAAGUUUGGACGAAAAUAUGAAAAAAUCUUCAAAUUGCUUGAAGAAGUACAAGGACCUCUAGAAGUGAAGAAAGAAUUGGUUGAAUUUGCCAUCAAGGAAGCAGCAAGAUUUAAAAGAAGACAUUUGAUUCAGCAACUUGAGGAGUUCCUAGAAAAAAUACAUUCCGACUAUUUUCAAGACACCCCAAACAUGUAAUUCUGUUAUCAAAAUAAUCCAUGAGAAAGAAGAACCAGAUUGUUGUGGUCUGGAAUGGAACAGGAUAUGGUUCAAAUCUCCUAGAAUGUGUUAGUUAAGAAAAUUGUCUUCUAGAGACUAAGAAAAGCAUUGUAACUUUAAUGUUACAAAGUUCCAUUAGUACAAUAAAAGUUCAGCAGUUGCCCUAAUAAUGCAUUUGAAAGAAUUGUUUGCUUAUUUGUUUUCCUACCUGAAGUGGGAAUGCUAUUAAUUCAGCAGGUUACACUAUAUGUCUAGUUCUGCAGCAGGUCACAGCUGGUGUGGCAGCUGGUAUUUAUAACUACCUU